AUGGCAAAGGAAGCGGAAAGAAAAGGACCCCUGUGCCAUUAUGCGGUGACCAGCCUGGCAAAGAACAACUUCAGGGUGGUCACAGUAAACAUGUACAAUCCGCACGUGAAGGAUGAAGAAGUGAGGGCCUUUCUGGGGAGAUACAUGGACAAUGUCUCCUCAGCGAGGUACCUCAGGGACUCCCUGGGUUUCUGGAACGGGAGGAGAGGGUUCCAGGCAUUACUCAGGGAGUCCCCGAAGAGAGAGAGAAUUGACUACUGUGGAUCCUCUGGUGAGGCUCAACAACAUCAUGAUGCUGACAGGGCAGAGAAGAGUCUCUCCACAUCAGAACACCUCAAAAAACACCUGCGGAGAUCCACAAGGAAGAGAUCUCACUGCUGUUCUGAUUGUGGGAAAUGUUUAAAAUCUUCAUCAGAACUUAAAAUACACCUGAGAAAUCACACGGGAGAGAAACCUUUCUGCUGCUCUUACUGUGGGAAGAGUUUUACUCUGUCAACCCGCCUGAUAUCACACCAGAGAACACACACAAGAGAGAAACCUUAUAGCUGUGAUCAAUGUGGGAAGAGUUUUACUCUGGUAAUCAGCCUGAUAUCACACCAGAGAACACACACAGGAGAGAAAUCUUAUAGCUGUUACCAAUGUGGGAAGAGUUUUGUUUCAUCUGGUGGCCUGACAGCACACCAGAGAACACACACAGGAGAGAAGUCUUAUAGCUGUGCUCAAUGUGGGAAGACCUUUGCUUCAUGUAGAGUUCUGACUGUACACCAGAGAACACACACAGGAGAGAAACCUUAUAGUUGUGCUCAAUGUGGGAAGAGUUUUACUAUGUCUAGCAGUCGGACUAGACACCAAAGAACACACACAGGAGAGAGACCUCAUGGCUGUAUUCAAUGUGGGAAGAGUUUUACUACAUCCUGCUAUCUAACUAUACACCAGAGAACACACACAGGAGAGAAACCUCAUAGCUGUGAUCAAUGUGGGAAGAGUUUUACUCAGUCAAGUAACCUGGUAUCACACCAGAAAACACACACAGGAGAGAAACCUCAUAGCUGUGAUCAAUGUGGGAAGAGUUUCACUACAUGGAAUUAUCUGAAGAUACACCAUAGAAUACACACAGGAGAGAAACCUUUCAGCUGUGUUCAAUGUGGGAAGAGUUUUGUUUCAUCUAGCCAUCUGACUGCACACCAGAGAACACACACAGGAGAUAAAUCUUAUAGCUGUGAUCAAUGUGGGAAGAGAUACUCUUGUAAAAGAUCUCUGAUUAAACAUCAGAAAAUUCACACAUGAAGGAGUUGUUUCAUGACAUCAAUGAAAUAAUGUCACAAUAUAGAAUGUUUAACAUUGUAGUAGGAGUAUUGUAAUGGUGUCAUAAUGUACAACCCUAUUCUAUUGAUUUCAGUUUGUUAUGGAUAUGAGCUUCAUCUGUAGAAACAUCUUUGUACUUUGCUCUGUUCAUCUUACCCUCAAUCCUGACUAGUCUCCAGUCUCUGCCACUCAAAAACAUCCCCACAGCAUGAUGCUGCC